AUGCCUUCCGCAACAGAGAUGGAGGACUUUGACGAGUUCCUCAGGCAAGCAGACCUGGUCAAAUACAGGGAUGUCUUCCUGGAGAACGAAUACGAUACAGUCAAAGUGCUGCUCGCCCUUGAGGUGUCUGACAUGAAGGAGAUUGGAAUGAAGCCCGGCGCCAUCAAGAAGCUCCAGAUGGCGCAGAAGCAGCACGAACAGACCCAUGCCCAAAGCGCAAUCCCGGCAUCCUCGCAGACACACACACCGCCGCCACCCCAGUCCCAGCCCAACGAAGUCGUUGUUCAGGAGCCCACCAGAGUCCUCACUGCCAACGACUACGUUCCAGCGCACCCUCUGGAUGGCUGGGUCUGCCAGAACAACUUUACGUCUCAUGAAGUCUUCAUCAGGUGGCGUUGA